AUGGCACGUCUUAUCGACAAUUUAAUCCAUUUUAACAAUCGAACUGACGAUACUUCUACAAUGAAUCAUAGGACAAUGUCAUCAUCGACCAAGAUGGGUUUGGUUAAUUUACGUGAUUUGGUCGAAUCUACUGCACAUAAAUGGUACAAAGAGAACGAAAAAGAUUCGAUGAAAGCCAAAUGGGGUAGAACUUAUAAUUGGAAAGAACUUGUUAAAGAAAUCGAUUGGAGAUCGUUAAAAGUUAGACACGAUCCAGUUAUAUACAACGAUCUUGCAAUUCCUGGUGCACCGAAAAAUCACAUCUUAUUUCGUUCCACAUUCCUCAAUGAUACCAAUCGUGAACAAGAAUAUAACUUAAAGGCCGAACGACGUACCGUCUCGACAUGCUCGUUUUCAAUCUUCGAGGGAUAUACCACAGAACAAUGUGUUUCAUUAGAACUCGAAGUUCCUUUGCCCAAGUGUGUCUUGGAGGCGAGUACUGGUUUCCGUAGAGAAUACACAAUCGAGCAGUCUAAAGAUAAGCAAAUUGAAGAAGAAUUGACAUGGUCAGUGGAAUCAAACAUUAAAAUUCCUUGUAUGUCUCAAACAACAGCUGAAUUACUUGUUCAAGAAGAUGAAUAUCAUGGCACAUUCGAAAUUAAAUCGUACUUCUUCGGAGAAAUUCACGUUAAAGUUUACAAAGAUUCUCAAGAACUUCUCAACUUAGAAUUUGGCGAUCUGGAGGAUUUGUUUCCACGUGAGAAAGGCUUUCGAAAGGACGCUCGAGGAAUCUAUCGUAUCACUCGUGGCGAAUGUAAAGCACGUUUUGGUGUCUCACAAAAAGUUGAACUCCACGCCAAACCAUUGCCCGGUGCCGAUCUAGCUCUUCGUCAAUCACAGCGAAACUCUCUCGAUCAGCAAAACGACUCGCGAAAGAACAGCGUAAGAGACAGUUCUGCAUCAACAGCACCUAGCACCGCUCGCCGUGAACUAAUCAAUGGCACAGAUAUUUAA